AUGGAGACCAGCAAAGCAGGCUCGUUCCUCCCUGAUAUCGACUACUCGUAUCCACCGGUUCACGUUGCCAAGUCGCCUGAACCUGAUAUCGUGGUCCGUUCACCGACAAACUCUUCCAGCAAGCGCAACAGCAGCUCGCGCGGUUGGCGCCGUGACAGCGCCCUUGACGAUGAUCACCUCAGGCGUGGCCUCAAGCCACGGCACAUCUCGUUUAUCGCAUUGGGCGGCGUCCUCGGUACUGGACUCUUCCUUGGUUAG